CAUAGAGAUAACCUAUAUAUCUGACAAAGAUCGAUGUCCAAUAACAAGAUGAAAGGCCUUCUAAAAGGCCUACGAUAUAUUUCUCAAAUAUUUGACAAUGACAAAGAACCUGAAAUGCAGAUUGGUUAUCCUACGGAUGUGAAGCAUGUCGCCCAUAUAGGAUGGGAUGGUCCAUCUGUAAAUUCUCCGAGCUGGAUGAAUGAGUUUAAAUCGCCGCCAGGGUAUUCAUCGGUGCCAUUAAAUCUCCCUGAAGACGUCAAAGAAGAUAGUGAAGAUCGAGUCAAAUGGUACUCCGAAGAUUCAUCAUCUCGGAGAAGCGCAAGAGUUCCAAACUCUCCGGCCAGAGACUUGCCGGAAUUGCCUAUGUCAUCGAGACGCCAAUCAUCAACCGGAGCUGUAACCGAGUCCCCUAACAGAGAAAAGCCAGAGAAACCAAGACAAUCAAGGAGGUCAUCUAAAAGCUCCGUCAAGGACUCCUCCGAUGGAGCCAAACCGACCCGGCAACAACAAGUACCCAUGGAGUCAUCGCCGGCAUACAGCCCUCCUGACAUCCCCAAGAAGUCCAGGAGGAAGAAAUCAAAGGAGUACACCACCGGCAACGGUGGGUCAACAAGAUCAUCAAGAUUGAAAGCCCAAGUCUCUGAGGAGACAUAUCAAUCUCCAUUCUCGGAUCCAGGACCCGGGGCAGGAUCCGUAUCCGCAUCAAGGAACAAUGAGCUCAUUAGUCCACAGCCUUUUGAAGGAGGGCCACGAAAAGGAUAUAUGGGAGGAAUAUAUUGA